AUGGGACCUCCUCGAAUUGCCCCCCAGAUUUCUUAUCUUGCGCAACAGUCUUGGAAUGCGCUGGGUGAGCUUGGCGAGCUAGUGAAAACAGCCUCUACCAAUCGUGCUGAAUUUAUCCAAGAAUGCCGAGAUGGGAAGUUUGAAGGCGUUGUCGCUGCCUACCGUACCUUCUUCUCCUUUGAAAUCACAGGCCAGAUGGACGAGGAGCUGGUGAGCGUGCUUCCAAGCUCACUGCAAUAUAUUGCCAGCUGCGGAGCCGGCUAUGACCAAAUUGAUGUCCAUGCAUGCAGUGCACGCAGGCCACCAGUCCGCGUUUCCAACGUCCCCACUGCCGUGGACGAUGCAACCGCCGAUGUGAACAUGUUCCUUAUUCUCGGUGCUCUUCGUAACUUCAACGCUGGUAUGCACGCUUUGCGUCAAGGAAAAUGGCGUGGCCAGCCUGCACCUCCACUUGGCCGUGAUCCCCGAGGAAAGACGCUGGGAAUCUUGGGCAUGGGUGGCAUUGGACGUAACCUGCAGAAGAAAGCGGAGGCGUUUGGUAUGAAGGUUAUUUAUCACAACCGUCGUCGGUUGAAUGAGGAGCUUUCCGGUGGAGCUCGAUAUGUCACUUUCGACGAGCUCUUGUCCACUAGUGAUGUGCUUAGCUUGAAUUUGCCGUUGAAUAAGCACACACGCCAUAUCAUUGGCAAGAAAGAAUUUGCUAAAAUGAAAGACGGUGUGGUUGUCGUUAACACGGCUCGUGGUGCUGUCAUGGAUGAGACCGCACUUGUCGAAGCGCUAGAAAAUGGCAAGGUGUGCUCGGCUGGUCUUGACGUCUUUGAAGAGGAACCCAAGAUUCACCCCGGUCUUAAUAGCAAUUUGAGUGUGAUCUUGGUACCUCACAUGGGUACCUGGACAAUCGAAACUUUCACCGCGAUGGAGGAAUGGACUAUUGAGAAUAUCCGUCUGGCACUCACAACCGGCAAGCUCAAGAGUCCGGUCCCUGAACAGGCAGACUUUUAA